AUGCACGCCCCCACCCUCGCUCAAGCCCUCGCCGGCGGUCUCCUCGCCGCCGCAUCUGUCGCCGGCUUCACUGGUGUUGACACAAGGGCCAUCACACUUCGUUAUGCAGGAGCCCUAGUAGCAGGAGCAGCCAUCCCGGUUGCAAACGCUGUCCCUGCCCCUCAAUAUGCCCGGGUCCUUCGUGCCAGGGGUGUUGGCAAGGCUACUGCUCCUCGCAGCGCAACGAAGAGAAGCCAGACCAAAGCUACCCGUGUCAAGGCCCGUGGAGGAAAGGGGAAGAACGACGACGGUGAUGAUGACGACAAUGGUAACGGCAACGGCAAUGGCAAUGGCAAUGGCAAUGGCAACAGCAAUGGCAACGGCAAUGGCAACGGCAACGGCAAUGGUAACGGCAAUGGAAAUGGCAAUGGCAACGGUAAUGGCAAGGGGAAGGGCAAUGAUGCGGAUGCGGAUGAUGGUUUCGAUGAUGAUGAUAAUGGGCGUGGAAAGGGGAAGGGCAACAUGGGUGGUGGUGGUGGUGGUGGUAAUGGCAAUGGUAAUGGCCAGGGAGGAGGCGCCAACGGUGGUGCUGAUGCCAAUGCUGGUGCUGAUGCUAACGCCGGAACUGGAGCCAAUGCAGGAGCUGAUGCGAAUGCUGGGUCUGAUGGGAACGCUGGUGCUGGAGCAAAUGCCAACGCUGGGACAGAUGCCAAUGCCGGAGCCGGAGCAGAUGCCAAUGCCGGAGCCGGAGCAGAUGCCAACGCCGGGGCUGGGGCAGAUGCCAAUGCCGGAGGCGGAGCAGAUGCCAAUGCCGGAGCCGGAGCAGAUGCCAACGCCGGGGCUGGGGCAGAUGCCAAUGCCGGAGCCGGAGCAGAUGCCAACGCCGGGGCUGGGGCAGAUGCCAAUGCCGGAGGCGGAGCAGAUGCCAAUGCCGGAGCCGGAGCAGAUGCCAACGCCGGGGCUGGGGCAGAUGCCAAUGCCGGAGCCGGAGCAGAUGCCAAUGCCGGAGCCGGAGCAGAUGCUAAUGCCGGCGCUGAUGCUAAUGCCGGAGCUGGGGCUGAUAGCGGCAUGAACAGCGGGAAUGUUGGUGCCGGAGCUGACGCCGGAGUUGUCAUUACCCCUCCCAACAACGGCACCCUUGCUGCCAAUGGCACCCUUGCCAGCAACGACACGGCCAGCGCCACUGACGCCGCGGCGGCAUCAGCCCUCAAACGCGGCGUUGCGGUCGUGGAUCUGACUGCCCACAUGGAGUAA